GACCUCUUACAGUAAAGCAAGGAGGUGAAGUCUGGGCUACGGCAAAGCCCCGCGCAGUCAGUCCGCAGGGAGCCGCGUGCAGUUCGUUGCUCGGGGCUGUGCUGUGCAGACGGGGCUGGCGGCCCUGACCCGCUGGGCUUCGGUGACCUGGUUCCCACAGCGGCCGCCGGGGCUGCCCGUGACGAGCGAGGCGGCUCGGAUCAGCCUGCAGCUCCCGCAGCCGGCCAGCUGCGAGGGGGAGGAGUCGCGCCAGCUCCUGCGAGGGCUCGCUGUCGCUCGGAGCGCGUUCCGGUACAACAUCCCCGCGGUGCCCGAGGGGGCCGCUGCCAAGCCGAGGCGAGGCUGGCGGGCCGCGGGGCGAAGCCAAGCCCCGGAGCCCCCACAGGUGGAUGCUCGCGGGCGGGGAGCCAAGCAGAUGACGCUCCUCGGCACGGCUCUCCCGAUCCCCAGCGGCCGGCGGCCGCUGCUAGCCCCCGGUGAUUCAUGGCAGGGGACGUGGAAGGGUUUAGCUCCUCCAUCCAUGACACCAGUGUCUCUGCUGGAUUCAGAGCACUGUAUGAGGAGGGAUUGCUUCUUGAUGUCACACUUGUCAUUGAAGACCACCAAUUUCAGGCCCAUAAAGCACUGCUUGCCACCCAGAGUGAUUACUUCAGGAUUAUGUUCACAGCUGACAUGCGGGAACGAGAUCAGGACAAAAUCCAUUUGAAAGGUCUGACAGCUACAGGCUUCAGUCAUGUCCUCCAGUUCAUGUACUAUGGAACUAUUGAACUGAGUAUGAACACUGUUCAUGAAAUCCUUCAGGCUGCCAUGUAUGUCCAGCUUAUUGAGGUGGUAAAAUUUUGCUGCUCUUUUCUCUUAGCUAAGAUCUGCUUAGAAAACUGUGCAGAAAUUAUGAGACUUCUGGAUGAUUUUGGUGUAAACAUCGAAGGAGUCAGGGAAAAAUUGGACUCCUUUCUGCUAGAGAAUUUUGUGCCGCUCAUGUCCAGACCUGACUUCCUUUCAUAUCUGAGCUUCGAGAAGCUCAUGUCUUACUUGGAUAAUGACCAUCUGAGCAGGUUUCCAGAGAUAGAGCUGUAUGAAGCUGUUCAGGCCUGGCUGCGCCAUGAUAGAAGACGCUGGAGGCAUACGGACACCAUCAUUCAGAACAUCAGGUUUUGUUUGAUGACACCAUCCAGUGUUUUUGAGAAGGUAAAAACAUCAGAGUUUUAUCGAUACUCCCGGCAGCUGCGACAUGAGGUUGACCAAGCCAUGAAUUACUUUCAUAGCGUUCACCAACAGCCUUUGAUGGAAAUGAAAUCGAACAAAAUUCGUUCUGCCAAACCCCAGACUGCUGUAUUUAGAGGAAUGAUAGGACACAGUAUGGUAAACAGUAAAAUUCUUCUCUUGCACAAACCAAGGGUCUGGUGGGAACUCGAGGGUCCUCAAGUACCUUUACGACCAGACUGCCUUGCCAUUGUGAAUAACUUUGUGUUCCUAUUAGGUGGGGAAGAACUGGGGCCAGACGGUGAGUUUCAUGCUUCAUCCAAAGUGUUUAGAUAUGACCCAAGACAGAACACUUGGUUACGAAUGGCAGACAUGUCUGUCCCACGGUCUGAGUUUGCUGUUGGAGUUAUUGGGAGGUAUGUUUACGCAGUGGCUGGGAGAACCAGGGACGAAACGUUUUACUCAACCGAACGGUAUGAUAUUACUGAAGAUAAAUGGGAGUUUGUGGAUCCCUAUCCGGUCAAUAAGUACGGACAUGAAGGGACUGUGCUUGGUAACAAGCUGUAUAUCACUGGUGGAAUUACAUCAUCUUCAACCUCUAAGCAAGUGUGUGUAUUUGAUCCCAGUAAAGAAGGGACAGUAGAGCAGCGAACAAGGAGAACUCAAGUGGUCACUAAUUGUUGGGAGAACAAGUGCAAAAUGAAUUAUGCGAGAUGCUUUCACAAAAUGAUUUCUUAUAAUGGUAAGCUGUAUGUCUUUGGUGGUGUCUGCGUGAUUCUAAGGGCCUCCUUUGAAUCUCAAGGGUGUCCGUCUACAGAGGUUUACGACCCAGAUACUGAUCAGUGGACUAUACUGGCUUCUAUGCCGAUUGGUAGGAGUGGUCAUGGUGUAGCUGUUCUGGACAAACAGAUAAUGGUUCUUGGAGGCCUUUGUUACAAUGGUCAUUACAGUGAUUCGAUUCUCACCUUUGAUCCAGAGGAAAACAAAUGGAAAGAAGAUGAAUACCCAAGGAUGCCAUGUAAGCUGGAUGGCUUACAAGUCUGCAGCUUGCACUUCCCUGAAUAUGUUUUGGAGCAUGUUAGACGGUGCAGCUAAAAACGAAUGAACAACCCAGUGAAAUUUGAAAAGCUGAACUCCUUUGUCAGAAAAUACAAACCAGUUGAAUUCCUUCAGAGACAUUAGCUUGUCUGUAUGAACAACUGCUAAAUGCUUCAGAGAAACGGGAUGUACAGGGAGAGUGCUUACCAAGUUUAUUAGAAAAGUCAAUAGUUGGUCUGAUAUUGUAAAAGCUUUGUUUUUUUUUAACAAACAUAAUUGUAAGUAGGAGAAAGAAAAAUAUAUUUUUGGGUGUGUUUACUUUUUUUGAUAGCAUUUCAUGUCCAUAAUACAUUAUUUUUUUCUUCUAUGGCCAUGAUACCACACUGCUUCUGAAAUCAAUUGAAUUUAACAAAAUAUUUCUGGAUGGAAGAGAAAAAAGACUUUAUUCUCAUUUUUUAUUGAGCAUCAAAGUAAAACUCAUUAGCUAUACUAGGGUACAACCAGGUUUAAAAGAAGAAAACUAAACCAUUUUUGUGUUUUAUGUUGUCUUUGGAUGCUUUUCCCAUUAAUUGCGAAGUAUUCUCAAAUCUGCUAGGUGUUUCUGUUUUCCCUUAAAUACUUUCAAGAAUAAUCCUGACCCCUUUGCAUGGCUUUUUUCCUGGUUUUGUAUAGUAGUACCAGUGAGUCUGCCAAAACGCAAUUUACACAUUUUCUACAAAAUUGAAAAUGGAACUUUUUUUUAUUCAAAACACUACUUCUGUGCUGCUUUCUGUUGUCUGCAUUGUGUUUGUUGGUGAGUAAGGUAUUUACACACACAUGCAUACACUGUAAAAACAAAAAAAAAAAACACCAUCUUUUCAUGUGCAGCUAUAAUAUAUUUUAACUAGUACACAGAGUCAGCCAUAUCUGUUGAAUUUAAGGUAUAGUAUUUUCCAUUCAUGAACUACAUAAUUCAGAGUUCUUAAGUAACUGGAGGCCUCAUCUGUUCUCUUCAAAUUCUCAUUAGCAUAUACUAUUGAUUCAGUAACUUCAAAAUCUUUACAUUGAUUCUACGUAAUGAACUGUUAAUAAUUUGUUAUUUUAUAAAUUAAUUUUUAAAAGUAAACAUAUCUUACCUGAGUUUCUUUUAUGUUUGAAUGUGCUGCCCAGUCAUCAUUUUUAUGAAAAUGGAAACUGUAAGUUAGCAAAUGCUCAUCAGCACGGCUUUGACCCACGGUUAUUUUUGGAACUGGAUGUACUAUAGUUUAUUCUCAGCAGUGACUUCGCUUGUACUCAUAUUGGAGUGGUAUAAUCUUUUAUUAUUAAUAAUUUUUUAAUUAUCAGCUGCGGUGAACUACUGUGUUUUAAAAAUGUGGAGCCUCGGUGGUUGGAUGGUUGGUACCAUUUAUGUUUCUUUUACAAAAAACAACAAAACAACCUUCACACCUAUAGCUACUGACCUCAGAGUGCCUGAACUGAGUGAGAUGUGUGGUCCAAGCGGGCUUUUAAAAACUCCAUUGUGUUAACUUGCAGAUAUUCUAACACUGCAUUGGUAAGAAUUAUCUGCCAAGGCAUAAAUAAUAAUGAGUAAUUUAAUCCUCAUUUUCUUUAAUUAUAUGAAAGUAGUCACUUCUAGAAUCCGAAUGAGAAAUGUGUGGAAGUCAGAGGCUUAGUUCAGACAUGUAGGGGCAAAAUGCUGAAACGUGCACCUGCAUAUUUUGUAAAAUCUUAUGCUACUGUGUUUUUCUUUAAGCAAGAGACUCUACUUCAUAUGCAGCAAUGCAAGUCCACUUUAUUCAGCAUCUUCCAGUCAGAAAUCACUGUAGAAAAGGAAUGUACUGUACUCAGGGAGUUCAAAAGAAUGCACUUACAGAGGGACCAAAAUCGCACAAAAUGUCCUGUGUUAAAAAUAACACCUACUUGCCUAAACUAAAUUUGAAAUCAUCAAUAGAAGUUAAAACAAUGUGUAAAACUCCUCAUCCAUAUAUUUAGCGAUAUCAUUGUAGCAAUUAUUUUGGUUUCAGGUUUGAGGAUCUGGAGCUACGUGACAAGUCAGCAGGAUCUUUUCUGUAACAAUGAUUUAUUGAUAGAGUAUUUCCUUUCCAUAAGUUUUAACAGAGAGAAUGUAUGCCAUCAUAGCUGUGGUGAUAAGUUGUCUAUGCCAGUAGUGACUGGACCAAAUAUUGAUAUUCAGCCUUCUGAUGCAGACUGAGGUUUGCAGUUAUAUUUAAUUCUUUACUGGGUAAGAAAUAUAGUUUAAUUAAUAGCUUAACUUAAAGCCAACUUGGUUUACACUAAAACCUCAGUUUCACUGUGAGACGUCUGCGUACAUCGCCCUGCAUGGGUGCAGAGAUACCUGAUUCCAGGAGGUGCUGGCUGCGUGCAAGUUCUGCUGUACCUAUCUCAUAGGAUGUUAGGGCACAAGAAAAAAAACACUUGUUUCUUUUCUUUCUUUUUUUUUUUACUGUUCAUAUUCUUUUUGCUACCAGCUCGUUUCUUAAGUGUAUGGGGCAGCAAAAACCUAAUCCUGCUCAAGUAAGCUUUAAUGGGCAUAAUGGGUACGGCGUACUUUACCUGUCAGUCUGGGGAAUGGAUGUGGUUCUGGAAACCUGGUCUUCCAUGUUUCAGGUGUAGUAAAUGCACAUGGUUAAGACUCUAUUUGGGACACCUCCAUCCUUAUUUUCAAUCGAGUUUUCAGCUCUACAUUUAAGUACCUUCUUAGUUUUGUGGGCUAAGCAACUGCCAGUGAAGUCAUUGGUGAGUAUUGACGCUGACAUGAACAACCAGAUCAUUUUUAGGCACUGUGCUUUGAAGCAGGUACAGUGUUCAGAUGCCCAGUUCUGGAAGACCUUGUUCAGGAUUGUAACAGUAAUUAUUCCAUGAAGUUUCAACUUGCACUGUUGGUUUCAGCUUCCCUGAAGUUGUGUCUUUGUUGAGAAGCUGGCUGUAAUCUUUGAGCAUUAGGAAUGACUGGAAUUUGCUUGGGUUUAGAACGUGUGGGGGUAUGUGAGAAUGUUAUGUUAAUUUUGUUAACAUUUCUACCAUGCUUUUAUUGUUUCAAACACAAAAUAUAAAAUUAGCUUACAUUCUCUUUUUCCACUGCAGUGGGAACUUUUGAGCCGGUUGUUUUUGUUACGUCCUGUCUCAGAGAGAUACUUUAUUGAAAGUUUCUGUUUGUAUUUUCUUUUAGUAUUUAGUUCCAGAUCAUUUAGUGUUUAAAUAAAAACGAAAUUAGUUUGGCUAAAAAGAAUUGCUUGUUACUAUCAAAUUUUAAGCGUUAUGAGUAGGUUAAGAUAAGGAGGGUUUUAAGACCAUCUAAAUGCCUCCCUUUCAUCAAGGGAAAGGUAAGUUACUAUGUUUGAUUUGUAAGUUUGGGAGGUUCUUCUAUUUCCACCCCACCCUUAAAAGAACACCAGCAAAUCUGAUCUUACCUACAUACUUAAAACUUAAUGUAUCACCUCCUUUUAAAUAGCAAGUGUACUUGCCUUUUAUUUAAAAGGUGGACAUAGUGAGUUACAGUCUAGUUGAUUCACAUUUAUACCAAAAUGUAUCAGCUUCUUGUCUUAAUGUAGCACCUAGCUCCAGGAAGGAGGUUUGUUUCCAAAUGAGCCAGAAUUGACAAAAUGUGUAGUGCUUCUGUAAGUUGGUUAAACACUGCCAGUUGCCAUUCAGCGUCCUGCUAUAUCUGUUUUUAUGGGACAGAACUCUUCUCAAAGUACCACAUAAGGAAGAAAUAGCUCAUUUUUCCCCACAAAGUGUUGGCAGUAGUUUCAUAGUGGGAGGUAUGAGGUGGGGAAAAAAUCCUUUAGAAAUUCUUUCCUCAUUGAUUCAACCGGAGGAAGGCAGUACUUGAUUUUACAAAGGGUCAAUGCUAUUUCAGAAAGCAGCGCUAGCAAGAAGGGCCAGCAGCAGCAUAUCAGGUACCUGACAACCUGCUUUUGUGUUUCCUUCUUUUGAAACGUGGAUGCCCUACUUUCUGCAGUAUGACGGCAGUCCUGCUGUACCUAGUUCUAAGGGGUUGUGACUUUAAUAUUGUGCUGCUCUCUGAGGCUUGCAGCCAUUUUUUCUUACGGACCUCCUGCCUUACAAACACAAGUGCUGCCUUUUUUCCUGCUGAUAAUACAAUAUUUGCAUCAGGGAUGAAGCACUGACACUCAGGAAGCAAAGGAUAAAAUUCAGCAGGCACAAAUUAUAGGAAGCUUAAAAAGAAAAACAUUGCUUAACUCAUUAUGUCCAUUCUUUUGCAAAAUGAAGGCAAGCAUUACGAGGAGAUGCUAAUGGCUCUUUAAAAAUAAACUUCAAGCUUAAGUCAGUUUUGUAAGUGGCAGUCUUUUUAGAAAUAAUCACAUUUGUGGGGUGCUUAGCCUUUUUAAUGUAUUUUUUCCGUACAAAACUAAAGUAGUGAAUUGGGCCCCUCAUUCUUUCAACACUUCAAAUGUGUUCUUCACAUAUGUGAACAGUCCAAUGUAAAGAAAACAGAACUGUAAGGUACUUAAAACAUAAAGACACAAAUGUUAUAAGCUGUGCUUAAGUAUUUACAAGGCUGGGUCAUCAAAGAAAACAUCCGUGUUGUUCUUCAUUUAAUAGAAAAAACAACUGGUGAAGUUAACUUGAAUAAGCAUGGUCCAUCACAUGUGGCAGGGCUCACUGAAGGAACAUGGGAAAGAACAUAACGGGGAAGUACGUGUAACUCAUUUUAAACAAAGCUUGCCAGUGUCCUGUAGCUAACUUGUUGAGGUUUUAAUGUUUGUAAAACAAUCUGAAGCUGCUUAAAAUAAAUACUAAUGACUACUUUUGCAUCUGUAUUCUAUUUUUGGAAGUCGAUAAGCAACUUAGAAUUUCCCUUUGUAUGGAUGAACUUCAUAAAAGCAUAAUCAGUGUGGCAGGUGGCAGAAAAACUGAUGUUUUUUUGUGUACAGCUUUCCUGGAUUUCUCUCUGCUAUUUUUUUUUCCCACUUCCCAGAUUUCAAUUAAUGUUUAUAUAGUCUUUUAAAAUAACUCUCAACGAUCAAAUAUCUUCAGAUUAAUGUUAAGUUGGUAGCUAGGGGAAAACCACUUCUAUUUGCAGACAGUAGUUUUUAUUUAUGGCUCUGGUAGAAAGCAUUGGUGUAAGUCCAGGAAAUACAGUGUUAUGUAGGACUGUAAGGCUAUACUUAGGGGGCUUUAAUUACCUCAGUGGAACCCACCUAACUUUCAUGUCAGUUAUGGGAACAGGUGGAGGGAAGAGUGAGCUAUGAUUUUCAUUUUAAAUAUUUUUCCCUAUAUAUUGUUAUUUUUUUAGAUCUUUUAAAAAUAUAUUAUUAUAUGCUGAAGAAUGCAAUUCUGCUAUAGUAUCCCACUUGUUUCCAGUGUACAAUAUCAGAUUGUUUGUAUCGAAAGGAAUGUAUUUGAUAAGUUAACAGGAAAAGUUAUUUUCAGAGUCUGCCGCGUUUAUGUCUAGCAAUUGGAAAUACUUUUCCUACAUAAAAUUAAAAUUAUAUAUAUAUAUAUAUAUAUAUAUGACCUCAUGUACAUUUGGAUUAACUGUCUAAUGACUACCCCAGGGCUGCUAUAAACUCUGAAUAAUUUAAGAAUUGCCUCUUCUAA